AGGGCGCGGGGCCCGGCGGUGCCAGCGGCCUAAGCCUCCCGCGAGCAGCCGGGCGGCCCGUGCACCGCGCCCGCGGGACCCCCACGCGACCCCCGGCGGCUGGGGCUGGCGCAGGCCGCUGCCCACCAGGGCGGCCCAGGGGAGGUGCCGCCCGGCGGCCGGGCCCGGAUCCGCCCCCCGGACGGUGCCAGCCGGAGCGCGCGGAGCGGCCGGGCGGGAUGCGGGGCGGCCGGCGGCGCUAGCGGCCUCGGGGCCUGGGGCCGGCGAGCAGCAUGUCAGCCCCUGCCCCCGCCGAGCUCGGCCACCACGAUGGGCGGCGGGAGAGCCGGGCCGGCCCUGCCCGGGCGGCUCCUGCUGGGGCUCUGGGCACUGGCGGCUCCCCUGGCGCAGUGUCUCGCUGGCAGCACAGUGACUGUCCCAGAAACACUGUUGUUUGUGUCCACCCUUGAUGGGAACCUUCACGCUGUGAGUAAGAAGACAGGCGACAUCAAGUGGACCCUGAAGGAUGAUCCCAUUCUUCAGGUGCCUGUUUAUGUGGCAGAACCGGCAUUUCUUCCAGACCCCAAUGAUGGCAGCCUGUACAUCCUGGGAGGCAAAAACAAAGAAGGCCUGAUGAAACUCCCAUUCACCAUCCCAGAGCUGGUCCAGUCCUCACCAUGUCGCAGUUCGGAUGGUGUCCUCUACACGGGGAAGAAACAGGACACCUGGUUCGUCGUGGAUCCCAAGUCGGGAGAGAAGCAGACGACGCUGUCGACAGAGGCCUGGGAUGGUCUAUGUCCCUCGACUCCUCUCCUCUACAUUGGCCGCACCCAAUAUGUCAUCACCAUGUACGACACCAAGUCCCGGGAGCUGCGUUGGAAUGCCACCUACCAUGACUACUCAGCAGAGCUCUACGACGAGGCGUACGAUUACAAGAUGGCUCACUUUGCAUCGAGUGGGGACGGCCUGGUAGUGACUGUGGACAAGGAGAGCGGUGAUGUCCUGUGGAUGCAGAACUACGGCUCCCCUGUGGUGGGGCUGUACAUGUGGCACCAAGACAGUCUGCGCCGGGUCCCCCACCUCAACGUGGCCAUGGAGACGCUGCGCUACCUGACCUUCCACUCACAGGACAUCCGGCUCAUCAAGUGGAACUACCAGUCCAUGAAAGACUUCUCCACCACCAAGACCCAGCUGCUGCCGACGCUCUACGUAGGGAAGCAUGCAACCAGCUUCUACGCCCUGACCUCCUUGGUCCAUGAGAGCGUGGCACUUGUGCCCCAGGGGAUCACGCUGGCCAGGAUCGAUGGCCCCACCACGGAUGAUGUGACCGUGAGAGAGUCCGGCGAGUGUGAGAUCACACCAAGCACAGAUGUCAAGUAUCCGCAGGGCAGCAUGAGCUCCCUGCACAACGAGUGGCUCCUCGUAGGGCACCAUGAACUGCCUCCUGUGGUCCAUACCACGAUGCUAAGAGCCUUUCCAGAGACCCUGAGGAAGACUACAGAAGCCAUCAUCCCCAAGAGCUCCCCUCCCAGGACUCUGUUUGAUGACUUUCUGAACCCGAACGGCAUGGAGGAUCAGGCCAGCAUGGGCAGCGAUGGGCGGUACCGUUGGGAUUCCACCCAGGCAGAGCAAACGGAAAUCUACCCGGAGUCAGGCAGCUGGGACCUUGUGGUCACUGCAGUGCUACUGGGCGGGGUCGUUCUGCUCCUGAGCUUCGGUCUCAGGAAACUGCUGGAGCAGCGACUGCAGCUCUUGCCGCAGCAGGGACUGCUUUCCCCAGGCCGGGUCUCUGGGGAGAGUCUUCCCCCAAGCUCUGAGGAAUCACUGAGUGGGAGCCAGCGAACCUCUUCACAGCCGUCACGGAGCUCAGGCCCAUCCUCCUCACAGAAGGACCUGCCCAACGGAAUGGCCGACCAGGAUCUGGCUGUGUCUGGAGCUGCUGAAGAUUUGGAGCCUGAUGUGAUUGUAGUUGGGAAGGUUUCCUUUAACCCCAAGGAAGUGCUGGGCCAUGGAGCCAGGGGAACCUUUGUAUUCAGGGGGCAGUUUGAUGGCCGGAAUGUGGCUGUUAAGCGCCUUCUGCCCGAGUGCUUUCACCUCAUCGACCGGGAGGUCCAGCUGCUUCGGGAGUCAGACGAGCACCCCAACGUCGUGCGCUACUUCUGUACGGAGAAGGACAAGCAGUUCCAUUACAUUGCCAUUGAGCUCUGCUCUGCCACGCUGCAGGAGUAUGUGGAAAGCCCCAGCUUUGAUCGUCGGAACCUGGAUCCAGUGUCCCUGCUGUAUCAGACCACGUCAGGCCUGGCACACCUGCACUCCUUGAACAUAGUUCACCGUGACCUGAAACCCUGCAACAUCCUCAUUUCUGUCCCAAACAGCCAUGGGCAGAUCCGGGCUGUCAUCUCAGACUUCGGCCUGUGCAAGAAGCUGCAGGGAGGACGGCACAGCUUCAGCCUCCGCUCUGGAAUCCCAGGCACAGAGGGCUGGAUCGCACCGGAGGUGCUGCGAGAGAACCCACAGGAGAACCCUACGUGUGCGGUGGACAUCUUCUCAGCUGGCUGCGUGUUUUACUAUGUGGUGUCAGGUGGGGAGCACCCCUUCGGGGACAGCUUACGGCGACAGGCUAAUAUACUGUUGGGCACUUACCAGCUGGCAUGUCUGUUGGAAGACACUCAUGACAACGUUGUUGCAAGGGAACUGAUUUCGGUGAUGAUCAGCAACGAGCCCCAGGAGCGCCCAUCAGCACCGCAGGUCCUCAUGCAUCCCUUCUUCUGGAGUCGGGAGAAGCAGCUGCAGUUCUUCCAGGACGUCAGCGACCGUAUUGAGAAGGAACCUGCCGAAGGACCCAUUCUUACUGCCUUGGAGUCCGGGGGGCGCUCGGUCGUGAGGUUGAAUUGGAGAGCUCACAUCUCUGUCCCGCUGCAGACAGACUUGAGGAAGUUCCGAACAUACAAGGGCAGUUCAGUACGUGACCUUCUGCGGGCCAUGAGGAACAAGAAGCAUCACUACCACGAGCUGCCAACAGACGUCCAGGAGACUCUUGGGGCUGUUCCUGAUGAGUUUGUUCAGUACUUUACUUCUCGUUUCCCCCAGUUGCUGCUUCACACACACAGAGCCAUGCAGAUCUGUGCCACAGAGAGGCUCUUCCACCCCUAUUAUCAGCAGCAGCCAGGAGACCUUGGAAAUGAGUGGAGAAGCCACACCUGGGAGAGAACUUAGAGUGAAGGCCUGUGCUGCCAAGCUUGCUCUCUGGUGCUGCCAAGGUGAAUCCUGCAGGAACAGGGAUCCCAGCAGGUGGGGCUCAGACAACAUGUGCCUCAAUUUUAUCUUUUUUUAAUGCAGAGAUUUCUGCAGGAUUUUAUCCCGCUGACUAAGCUGCCAGGACCUAGCGCAGCUUCACAACCCCACCAGCCACCCUAAACUGGUUCUGGAGCUCCACUUCCCCUGGAGAGCAGCUGGAUGGCAUCUCUGGACGCUCCCUGGCACUAGCACGCUGGGGAUGUCACUGCCUACCUUUCCAGGGAGAGGCCUGUGGUGGGAACCCAAGGGCGUUUUCUCAGCGGUUCCUGGGUGGUUUGUCUCUCUGGGGCUGCUCCUUCAAUCACCCAGAGCCCGACUCCUCAUCUGUGGGGAAACAGAGAGACUCUGGAGGUGGGGUGGAAGGGAGUGAGGCCCUUCUCUGGAAUGUCUUUUAAAUGAAAACGGUAUUGGCCAUGCUAUUUACAGGACGUUACUGUAGCUCUUCCCAGUGCUGGGCAGCUGCAGUCCAGGGCAGAACCAGGACUUGUCAAUCGUUCUGUGGCCAGUCCGAGAGGUCCUCUUGCUGCUUCUCUUCACACGUGUGCUGGUUGGGCAUGGGGUCCCACGGUAGUUAGUUGAUCUCAGUAAGCUUGCAGUUCCACGGCUCCUCUACAGUCCCCUGAACCAUCUGGGCUAGAACCCUUCCCCUUAGCAGGGCGCCUCUUAAACCGUCUAGAGUCUAAGAGCUGUCUUGGCCUGACGAUCCCAACCCUAACACCUCCGUUUGCUGGCUCAGCCAGAGACUGGCCCGAAUGUCCUGUGUCCAUCCUGCUCAUUCUCUGCCACUAUUGAUCCUGAAUCAUUUCAGAGAAUGAAAAAUCUCUCCCAGGGAGGUGACAUGUCCCGAGGAGUCUGAGCCAAUUGUAGCGCCUUGUGGGAAAUGGGUUUGUCAGCGGGACCGGGGCCACCGAGGGCAGCAGCUAGGGACAUGUAUAGAACCGUUGAUUUCUGUUUCAUGGACAUUCACCUGUUUGACCCAGGCUGUAGUGUCCCAGCUAGAUAACAGCACGCAGUGUGGGCUUGAAGCAGACAGGGAAGCACAAGCUGUGCACACCCAGCGUGCAGCCACUUCUCUCAACCAUGACGUGUGCCUGGCCCUGACUGAGGCCUGGUCACUAAGUGUAAAGCUUUAAAUCCAGACUGGAUUGGUGUGACUGCCAAGCAAAGCCAUCCCUGCAGGGGUAGGUAUGUGCAUGCGCACACUCGCCUGUAGACACGGUCUCUCUUUUUUCUCGGGAAUAUCUGAAUGGAUUUUAUCCAAACGUAAAUGUUUGGUUUAAGCUCCGUCAUGAGACAUUUCAGCUCAGAAGAUAAUUGGAGCGGGGGGAUUAGAAUGGAAGAGACAUCUCCUGUAGGGCUGUAGUGUGGCAGUCAUCACACCACCCGCUGCAUCGAGAUGCUUUACCAUUUUUAACUGAAAAUGUUUUAGCCUAUUUAUAUUUUGUUUCCAAGACACUGUCUUUCCUGUGCCAGCCCUUAAGCAUCAGAAUAGGAAACUGCAAGGUCCUCUGUUGCCUGUAUGCAUCUGCUAGAGCAGAGGCUGAUGCAGCAAACUUUUCUCUCGUUGAUUCCUUUCUGUGCUGAUCUGUUGGAAGCUGGGGUCUGUUUGAUUGUCAAUUUAAAACUUCAAUGUGAAUGGCAGGACUGAUGUGGUCUUGACACUGGAUGUGGUCUUAUGCCCUGGCUGGACAACAUACCUGCCUGGCAUUUGGGCUGGGUUUUUGGUCCACUAUCUACAGAAGAGGUAGGCCACCGGCAGUGCUGAAAUGAGAGGUUUCUCUCUCUCUCUCACCGAGGCUCUUCCCCACUGUUUUAUGGCCCAGUAGAAGUCACUGGGGCUGGACCGAGUGGAUUUGUAGAAGCUCAGCUUACAGAAUGUAACCUCAGGGCCUGGGUGCAGGAGCACCUCCUGUUGCCUCUUUUCUGCCCCACCUGGCCCAUUAAAGGAGUGGAGUUGCCCAGCUCUGGAGGCAGGUAGGAGGGGAUGCUCUAGGGAACAUCUCAACAGAAUCUCAGUGAUGAAGUCCCUGUGUCUCUGGCUGAGUCAAAUGCUUUCUCCAUUCUCAGUCUGCAGCAGCCUAUAUUCAUCACAGCUCACGGGCUUGAAGGUCUGAGGGCUAGUCUACACUUACCUGCCGGGUCGACGCGGUGAGUUCGACUUCUUGGAGUUCGAACUAUCGCGUCUAAUCUGGACACGAUAGUUCGAACUCCCCGCGCGCGCCGGUCGACUCCGGUA